CGACUACAACCACCCAACCAUGGGGAGCCUCUUCCGCAGUGAGGAGAUGCACCUCAUUGAAAUGGUUGUGCAGGCCGAGGCCGCCCAUGCUACAGUGGAGGAGCUGGGACGGACUGGUGUCGUCCAGUUUGUCGAUCUCAACCCGGAGCUCAACGCGUUCCAGAGGUCAUACGUCAACGAUGUCAAGCGGUGUGAUGAGCUGGAGCGCAAGCUGAGGUUCUUCAAGGAGCAGGUGGAGAAGGCAGGCUUGCCCAUUGCGCCCAAGACCGAGGCCGGGGCGGCGGCUACCGAGGCGUCGUCGCUGGUUCAAGGCGCGCGGCGGGGGCGUAGAUACGGUGGCGCCGGUGCAGGGAUGGCGGCGCCGGCCGACGCCGGUGGGGCUAACCUCGACGACCUCGAGGAGCACUUUGUCGAGCUCGAGGCUGGCCUUGUGCAGCUUAACGCGAACCAGGAGAUUCUCGACUCGGCCGCCAACGAGCUGACCGAGCUGCAGUGCCUGCUGGCGCAGACCUCUGUGUUCUUUGACGACGCUGGCGCAGCCGGCGACGUCUUUGUCUCGCAGACGUCGGCGCUUGACGCCAACGGCCCGUCGGCGUCGUCGCCGCUGCUCGGGACCGGGGGGCGGCUGGGCGAGUCUGCGCCAGGGGCCGGCACGGCGUCGUCGCGCGCAGUCCAGCUUGGCUACGUCUCGGGCCUGCUGGAGCAGACCAAGAUGGCGCGGUUCGAGCGGCUGCUGUGGCGGGCGACGCGUGGCAACCACAUCCUCCGGCAGUGCACCGAGGCGGUGGAGCUGAGCGAUCCUGCUAGCGGCGAGCCUGUCUCGAAGAUUGCCUUUAUCGUCUUUUUCCAGGGCGCGCGGCUGCGGACCAAGAUCACCAAGAUGUGCGAGUCGUACGGUGCCAACCUGUACGAGACGCCCGACACGGCGAGCGCGCGGCAGCAGCUGCUUGUCGAGGUGGAGGCGCGGAUGGACGAUCUCGAGCUGACGCUCGACUCGGCCGCGGAGCAGCGCGAGCGGGUGCUGAGCGUCAUUGCGGCCUCGCUGGAGGACUGGCUCGACAUUGUCAACCGCGAGCAGCGCAUUUACCACGCGCUCAAUCUGUGGAAGAGCGACGUGUCGUCGCGCGCGCUCGUGGCGCGGGCGUGGGCUCCGGUGUGGGGCGACUCCCAGAUCGAGGCUGCGCUCGCCCGCGGUGUCGCCCGCUCGGGCGCCUCGGUCCAGUCGUUCUUUGAGGUCAAGGUCACGUCGUCGCCGCCGCCGACGUACUUUGUCACCAACAAGUACACCGCCGGUUUCCAGGCGCUCAUGGACGCGUACGGCAUGGCCCGCUACCAGGAGGCCAACGCCGGUGUGUUCACCAUCAUCACCUUCCCCUUCCUCUUUGCGGUCAUGUUUGGCGACCUCGGCCACGGUGCGCUCCUCACCAUGUUUGCCGCCAUCCUCGUCGCCUACGAGGGCCGCAUCGCCCGCAUCCCGGGCCGCCCCGAGAUGUUCAACAUGCUCUUCAACGGCCGUUACCUCAUCCUCGCCAUGGGCGUCUUUGCCAUGUACGCCGGCCUCCUCUACAACGACUGCUUCGGCUUCUCGAUCGACUUUUUCGGCUCCAACUGGUCGCGUCCCUCGGACGGCGACGCCCACCUCAUCGACCCGGACCGCGUCUAUCCGUUUGGCGUCGACCCGGGCUGGGCAGGUGCUACCAACAAGCUGCAGUUUUACAACUCGUUCAAGAUGAAGACCGCCAUCAUCUACGGCGUGACCCAGAUGCUCUUUGGCGUCGUCCUCUCGCUCACCAACCACCUGUACUACGGCAACUACAUCGACGUCUGGACGCGCUUCAUUCCCGAGGUCCUGUUCCUCGGCGGCAUGUUUGGCUACAUGGUCAUCCUCAUCAUCUACAAGUGGGUCACCGUCAUCCCGGACCCGCCGCUCAUCCUCACCGUCAUGAUCGACAUGUUCCUCAAGGCCGGCUCAGUCCCGGCCAAGGAUGAGAUGUACUCGGGCCAGGGCGCCGUCCAGAUCAUUCUCGUCUUUGUCCUCCUCGUCGCCAUUCCCUGGCUCCUCCUCCCCAAGCCCAUCAUCCUGUGGAUGCGCAAGAAGGCCGCCGCGCGCCGCGCCGGCCACAGCCACGGCGGCGCCACCGAGGCCCUCCUCGCGCCCGCCGCCGACGGCACCGAGCCCGAGGGCGACGGCCACGGGCACGACAUGGGCGAGAUCGUCAUCCACCAGAUCAUCCACACCAUCGAGUACGUCCUCGGCACCGUCUCCAACACGGCCUCGUACCUCCGCCUCUGGGCCCUCUCCCUUGCCCACGCCGAGCUCUCCGAAGUCAUCCUCGACCAGGUCCUCUUCCGCGGCCUCAAGGCCGGCUCGGCCCCGCUCAUCUUUGCCGCCUUUACCGUCUGGGCUCUCGCCACCGUCGGCAUCCUCAUGAUCAUGGAGUCGCUCUCGGCCUUCCUCCACGCUCUCCGCCUCCACUGGGUCGAGUUCCUCUCCAAGUUUGGAGCCUCGGAUGGCUGGAAGUUUGAGCCGUUCAAUCUCGAUGCCCCGGUCGCUGCCGAGUAGUGUGUUCCCAGCUGGCUAAACGCAUCCACGCUGUGA